CGCGCUGCGCAGCACCUCCUCGUGCGUGUCACGCGCACCUGGCGGGCUCCCGUCGCGCUGUUUCGCGUGCCACUUUUGGGACGUUGGCGCAACGCUCGCUUCCGCCCGUGACGUCAGCAUGAGGCCCGCGAUCGAGGUUGAUGGCGGCGCGACACCAGGUCACUACUUUUGUCUUGUUUUUUGUUCUUGAAUGGCGUUUUGCGGUUCCCCUCAGCUUCUCAAUCGCUUUUUUUGUUUGCCUCGUGCGCCUCAUUUGCAUACAAGAGGUGCCUCCUUGUGGCAUGUCCAAGAACGGGUACUUCUUUCAGGAAAUGGAGCAGCGGGAGGCGGAGCUGGACGAGGCCCACGAGGACCUACAGGAGGUCCAGGACUCGCCCAUCGCCUCCGCGGACAACGUCCAACUUUACGACAGCCAGGUCACCCCUGGAUCAGAGAGCAACGACUCUGGCUGCGUUCUGCUCAACACGUCCAGGAGGUAUGUGAAGCUGAUGAACUUCGAGGAGGAGAUCCGCCCCCACCGGGACCUUGAUGGCUUCCUGGCUUGUGCCAGCAUCCUAUUGGACGAGACUGCGUCAACGCUGGAUGAAGUCCUGAAGAGAAUGCUGAGACAUGUUGGACAGGAAUACAGCUCCCCAGAGCCAGGGUGGAACUUUGAGGACAUCAUGAGUUUGCUCUUCACUGACGCUGGCGCGCAGGAAGUCAACGACAGUUUUGUUUUCUUUGACGACGUUCACCUUCUGUCCGAGACCAUCCAGGGUGUGACGGCCACCGACACGGGAGUUCACUACCAGCAGUCGUGGCUCUGCAUAUUGUGCAACCUGAAGGACCUGCAGCGGCGCCACGUGUGUAUCUCCCGGUUGGAGAGGCCUCAGAACUGGGGUGAGAACUGCUGCGAGGUUCGCUACGUCAUCCUGGUCCUGGCGCCGCGCAAAAUGAAGAGCACCAAGACCGCAAUGGAGCUGGGCAGGACGUUCGCGACGCUCUUCUCGGACAUUUCCUUCCGCCAGAAGCUUCUGGAGACCAAAACCCAGGAGGAGUUCAAGGAGGCUCUGAUGUUCCAGCGCCACCAGCUGUCGGCUGCCAACCAGCAGUUCACCGCGCUGGACAAGGAGGAGACGGACCCCUACAACCACAAGCCCCUCAAGGCUCAAAAAAGAAAGAACGCAAAGCAAAGACAGGAAAGCAAGAAGUGUCACUCAGUGAAGGAAGGAACCACAGAGGAAGACAAAGUAGAGUGUACAGACUUCUUCCUAGCGGGCCGGGGGAUUUACGAGGACCUGUGUCGCCGCCUUCCUCUCUACGCCUCCGACUUCACAGAUGGUAUUGUGGGUCACAACAAGACCCUGUUGAAGUACAUGACCACGGCCAUCUUUCUCUACAUCGUCAUCCUGCUGCCCGCCAUCGCGCUCGGCUCGCUCAACGACGAGAGCACGCACGGCGAGAUCGACGUGAAGAAGACCAUCGUCGGGCAGUCCAUCGGCGGUGUCAUCUACUCGCUGUUCGCCGGUUCCCCUCUCGUCAUCCCGCUGACCACGGCCCCCCUCGCCAUCUUCAUAAGUGUGAUCCGCGGGAUCUGCGAUGACUACCAGCUGGACUUUGCAGCCUUCUACGCCUGCAUCGGGCUGUGGAACUGCCUCUUCCUCAUCCUGGGAGGAGUCUUCAACCUCAGCCUGGUCAUGAAGCUCUUCAAAAGGUCCACAGAGGAGGUGAUCGCUCUCUUCAUCUCGACGGCGUUUGCGGUGGACGCCGUCAAAGGAACCGUGAAAAUCUUUCAGAGGUACUACCACCCGCCCACUCUGGGCAACGCCAGCGCAGCCGACCCGUCGUCGGCCGGCGUCGGCGUGACGGGGGGCAACGGGAGCGAGCUCGCCGUGGCCUCGGCGCUGCACGCCAUACCCGACUCGCUGAUCGACUGCACACGCGAGCGGCCCGUCCUGUGCCUGCUGCUCAUGAUGGGCACGCUGUGGAUGGGCUACACACUCUACCAGUUCAAGAGGAGUCCGUUCCUGCACGCCAAAGUGAGGGAGGUGUUGUCCGACUGCGCUCUGCCCAUCUCGGUGCUUCUCUUCUCCUUUAUCGGAUCAUACCUGUUUAGCGACAUCGAGCUUCCGGUGUUUAAAGUCCACAACAAGCCGACGUUCAGCGUGGCGCCGUUGGAGCGUCUGACAGCCUUGAACGUGAUCAGCGCCAUGGGCCUGGGCUUCCUCCUCGCUUCGCUCAUCUUCAUCGACCAGAACAUCGUGGUGUCGCUCACCAACGCGCCCGAGAACAGGCUGCUGAAGGGCACGGCGUACCACUGGGACCUGAUGCUGUCAGGCCUGAUCAACAUCCUGAUGUCGGUUCUGGGGCUGCCCUGGAUGCACGCCGCCUUCCCGCACUCCACGCUGCACGUGCGCCAGCUGGCCUUCGUGGAGCAGCGCGUGGAGGGAGGGCACCUCUACGAGACCAUCGUGCAGGUGAAGGAGACUCGCGUGACGUCGCUGGCCGCCAACAUUUUCAUCGGCGCCUCGGUGUUCCUGUUGCCGCUGCCGCUGCAGUGGAUCCCCAAGCCGGUCCUGUACGGACUCUUCCUCUACAUCGCGCUCACCUCCAUCGACGGCAACCAGAUGUGCGACCGCAUGGCCCUGCUGCUCAAGGAGCAGACGGCGUACCCGCCCACCCACUACAUCCGCAAAGUGCCCCAGAGGAAGAUCCACUACUUCACCUUCCUGCAGAUCACGCAGCUGCUGGUGCUGUGCACGUUCGGCAUGUACCCCAUUCCCUACAUGAAGAUGAUCUUCCCCUUGGUCAUGAUCAUGCUCAUCCCCAUCAGGAACAGGGUGCUUCCUCACAUCAUUGAGGCCAAAUACUUGGACAUCAUGGAUUCCCAACACAUGUAGCUGCCGAGGACGAAAGGUGGCGCCAAAUGCAGAAAAACAUAAAAGACUGACUGAAAAGGGCAAAGAAAAAGUUGGGUAUUUUUUAACGCCAAACUGCGGUGGGGGAAGAGGAAUUUCCAAAGCGAACUCUCGUGAAACCGGGCACUUUCCGACAGGCCGGAAAAGCCGAAAAGUUGCACGAGGAACAGGUCCAGAACUCCCGGAUUCAUCGGCAUCGUUGUCCUUGUGUGCGUUUCGAGUACUUGAACUACUCACUAAUGGCGUGUAAGUGACGAUUCAUUUAGAAGACGGUGUAACGGCACAACUUCUUUUUCACGCCCGUGUUGUGUUUUUACGCUGCUGCUGGUGGUGUUUGGUCCACGUGACGUAUACUUACACUGUGUUGAUGAGUAGUUAAAUACUAGAUCCAAAAGGUAGCACGGAUGUCUUUUGUUUUAACUCAUUCCUUUAACGUUCCAUCGGAGAGGCGCGGCUUGGCAUCAUUGCGGGUUAUCUUGCCCUCAACAGGCCCUUUUAAUAUCCUCACUCGUUUGGCCCCAACUAGUACAUAAACGUCAGCUAGCUUCCUCAAAAGCUGCGGUAAAAGUAGGACACAGUGGACACCCCCCCCCCCCGCUAUUUUGGGGGGAUAGGCACAUGAAAAGAGGUUGUUUUCGAAUUCUCCCCCCCGAAAAUUUUUUUUAAUAAAAGAUUGGUAAAAACAAAACAAUCCAUGAAUAUGGGGGGGUGUUUCUCCAAAUAACGGGGGGGGGCAGGUUGACAAAUGGCGAACUAUAAAGUUGCGGGGGUGCACUGUAUAUUCAUAUUUGUUCCCCACUCCAAUUGAGUGUUUAAAGGCGGGCAUUUUUACAUGAAAAAGGCAUUUUCAUAAAAUUCAAUUUGCUUUUUUCCAAUUCAAGAACAUAAUAAUUAUACUCUUAGCCUGUCAAACUCUGCUUAUAUUCAUUCGACACGGCUAUAAAAAAAAUUUUUUUCAACAAUCAAAAUGGGAUAAAAUGUCUCUUCAGGAUGUCGUGAGGGGUAGCUUCCCGUUGUGCCCCUAACCCUCCGGACCCUAACCCCUGACCUUCCUCUCUCUAGCACAACCCUAAUCUAACGAUUAGGGUUAACGAUGAAAACAUGUACAUUAUAUAUAAUGUGGGUCAUUAUUUAUAACGGCAGCACAAACCAAAACUUAGUUUUAUGACAUUUCUCAAUAUAUGAUUGCAUUGCUCAUCAUUUUCAUGUGUUGGGAAUGUUUUGUCUGUCAUGUUGGCUUCAUGUUUUACGUGCGGUAAAACAUUCCAAUGUCCACAGUUGCUCUGGAAAGUGACCCCCCCCCCCCCCCCCCAAAAAAAAAUAUUUUUUGUAAAGUAACGUCACGUAAUAGCCCUGACACCUGGAUUAAAAAGAUUUUUACGCAUGAUGCUUUUUCCUACAUCCCAACGCCAAUUCACAGACAGUUGGUCCUUGAAUGCAACACGUGACGAUUCAGCAAUACUGUGUGUGUAUGUAUGUAUGCAUAAAUAUAUAUAUAUAUAUAUAUAUAUAUAUAUAUAUAUAUAUAUAUAUUAAAAAAAAAGCUCAGCGACCUUUAUUUUUGGAGAAGAAAAGGGAGCAAAAGCUCCCUCGUGCAGUCGCUUCGGUCGGACCACGCGGGAAAAGUGGUAAGCCGACGUCGAGGCAUUUGCAUAAUCCUCGCGGGGAACGACGAACCAGAGGAGUCACAUGUACAAACUUGUCAUCAUCCCCAAAAGGUCUUUUGCGUUCUUCACUUCCACUCUUAAAGUGAUUUAUUGUGUAUUAUUGGUUAUUUCUGUGCUCAACUUUGUUUGGUUUUUUCCUCCCUGACUUUCUGUAAAGGGUGAUAUAUUUCUUUCUUACAUAUAGCCUACUUUUCUAACCAUGAAUGUAAGAUGGGUGUUUUUUUGUUUUUUUUAUUAUAUAUAUCAUACACAUUUAAGUGUCAUUAAAGGGUCUUUUUCGUUGUUGUGGAAAAUGUCAGCUAUAUUUGUAAGAUGGAAUAUGAUGUAAAAAAAGAGAAUGUUGGUUUAUUAUAUAGUCUAUAAAUAUAAGUAUAUAAGUGUGUAUAUAUAUAUAUAUAUAUAUAUAUAUAUAUACAUAGUACACUGGAAAAAAAGAGACUAUCUCAAGCUGUUUGCCAAAUAAAAAGUACCAAUAGUAA